CCACCAGUUAAUACCCAAUCAUUAAAGGAAAUAGACUUGCAAGAAAUUCUCAAAAAUCCUCAACUCAGACAUGAUAUACUCUUUGAUCCUCAGUUACAAUUCAGACCAAAUUUGGAUGGUGACAGAGGUCGCAGAAAGAAACUAAUGGUUGAUAAAUAUUGGUUGGAAAUUCAAGGCGAAUUUUGCAGUCUAAUUAAUGAUCCAAAGUCUUUUAAACUAGUCAAAUUACCAAAAUUAUUUACAACUUUAAAGGAUAUUCUAAUAAGCCUUUUGCCAGAAAAGGAUCGCAACUUGGUAAACCAGGUUUUAGAUAAAGAAUUACUAAUCCAGCAACUAAGAAAUAAUUGUCUUGAUUUUAUUUCUUUAUCAAAUUGGUUGGCGAACGUUUUUAAAAAUCACUGUGCUCCAAUGAGAGAUACAUGGGUUGAUGAAAUGACAUUAAAGUUUUUAGAAGCUGAAACCGAUCAUUCUAUCCCAAAAUUGGUUGAUGGUUUAAGAAUGGUGUUUGCAAUCUUAGAAGCUAUGAAAUUGGAUAUUGCCAAUCAUCAAAUUAGAACUUUGAGACCUGUUUUGGUUGAAACAAGUUUGGAAUUUGAAAAGGAUUAUUAUAAUCAAUUGAUUUCUGUGAAUAAAAUUGAUAUAAAAGAUUCCUUAGAAUGGUUCAAGUCGAGCUACAAGAAAUAUGCAUCAUCGCCUGAAAUUACUUCAAUUAGCAAAGUCGAAAACUUAAAAUCUAAAGUUGGUAUUGACCUAAAAAGAGUCUGUAUCAGUGCAAUUUUGAAUUUACUAAGCUGUCGUAAUAUGACUAGCGAAUUUCCAUUGACGCUAAGCUUUGAUAAUUCAAGGUUAGCUUUACUAAGAGCCGAAAUUCGUCAAUUAGUUUGCUUGCAAAUUUGUUUGUACAUUUUCCGUCAGUUGGUCUUGACACAUUCCGAUAAAAAAUACAGAGGUAAAUUAUUAACAACUGAAUCUCUCAAGUCCAUUAAAAAUGAAAUAUUGGCUAUUAUAACAGAUGACAAUGGAUACGUGAAAUGGACAAGAAAUAUUCCUUCAAUUUCGUUGUACUUGGCCAAGAAAGUGAUAUCAAACCCUGAAGAAAAUUCUUCCAAGAAGUCUAAUAUAAUUGCAACUCCUCCAGAGAGUCUAACUAACUUAGUUCAUUCAUGGUUAUUAAAACAAACACAACCAAAAAGCAAAGUUUAUGGAUUAAUGGAGAGCAAAAUUAUUUCAGAACUAAAUACAUUAAAAAAUAAUUGCAACAAAUUAGAUGGGGCUAGGAAUGUCAGUGGAGAGAAUAAUUUGAGCAAUCAUAGCUUUGGAGAAGAAUUAAUGUCUUUAUCAAGUAGAUUAUACACAUUAAGUGUGUUUCAUUGGAAUGUUUUUGGAUCAUAUUACGCAGAU